CUUACACCCGCUCGGCUAAGGGUGGAGGAAGAGUUCUGAGUUAUCCCAGGGGUUCGGGAAGGAACGUGAUGAUGGAGACACGGAGCAUAUGGUGUGUGUUGCUGAUCAGCUCACUUCUCCACAACUGCUUUGCCCACAAUGACUUCUACACUUCUAUUGGACAAAUGACAGACCUGCUAUUUAUGGAGAAGGACCUGGUGACCUCUUUGAAAGACUACAUCAGAGCUGAAGAGGGCAAGCUGCAGCAGGUCAAACACUGGGUUGAGAAGAUGGAGACCCUGACAGCCACUGCUACAUACGAUCCUGAGGGCUUCCUUGGUCACCCAGUUAACGCCUUCAAGUUGAUGAAAAGGCUGAACACCGAGUGGGGUGAAGUAGAAGACCUGGUGCUUAAAGACAUGUCCGAUGGGUUUAUCUCCAACCUAACUAUCCAGCGACAAUACUUCCCCAGCGAUGAAGACCAGGCAGGAGCAGCCAAAGCUCUGCUCCGGCUUCAGGACACCUAUAAGCUUGAGACGCACGCUAUUUCCACUGGAAAUCUUCCCGGUAUGGCUGGCAAUUUGCCAUAUAAGAGCACCCUGACAGUGGAGGACUGUUUCGAGUUGGGCAAGAUUGCAUACUCUGAAGCAGAUUAUUAUCACACAGAGCUGUGGAUGACACAGGCUCUGAGACAGCUGGAUGAGGGUGAGGAGUCAAGUAUUGAUGCUGUGACUGUUCUGGAUUACCUGAGCUACUCUAUAUAUCAGCAGGGGGAGCUAGAGAAAGCUCUGGAGCAAACCAAAAGACUGCUUAAACUAGAUCCAGCUCAUCAGAGAGCCAAUGGCAACCUGAAGUAUUUUGAAUACCAGCUGGCCAAGCAGAGAAAAGCUGAGUCAGAGCGAAGUGGAACAGGGGAGAAGGAAAAGAAGCAAGAGAAGAGGGAGGUGGAUGGGAAUGAGGAUUUUCUUACAGAAAAGGGAAAAUAUGAGCAGCUUUGCAGAGGCGAAGGAAUCAGGCUGACUCCACGCAAGCAGAGCCGGCUCUUCUGCCGUUUCUUUAACAACAACAAGCACCCGUUCUACAUCCUGGGCCCUGUAAAACAGGAGGAUGAGUGGGACCGGCCACGCAUUGUACGCUUCCACAACGUCAUCAGUGAACAGGAGAUGGAAAAAAUCAAGGAACUGGCCAAGCCCAGGCUGCGCCGAGCCACCAUUUCCAACCCUGUCACUGGUGUACUGGAGACCGCCAACUAUCGUAUCAGCAAGAGGCGUGCCACCGUGCAUGAUCCCCAAACAGGGCAACUCACCACAGCUCAGUACAGAGUCUCCAAGAGUGCCUGGUUAGCAGCAUAUGAACACCCAGUGGUCGACCGCAUCAAUCAGAGAAUUGAGGAUAUCACAGGUUUGGAUGUCAAAACAGCAGAGGAGCUACAGGUGGCUAAUUAUGGCGUUGGAGGCCAGUAUGAGCCACAUUUUGACUUUGGACGGAAAGAUGAGCCAGACGCGUUUAAGGAACUGGGCACGGGCAACCGCAUUGCCACCUGGCUCUUCUAUAUGAGUGAUGUGGCAGCAGGGGGAGCCACAGUCUUCCCAGAAGUAGGAGCAGCAGUAAAGCCAAUGAAGGGUACAGCGGUGUUCUGGUAUAACCUGUUUCCAAGCGGGGAGGGAGACUACAGCACGAGGCACGCUGCAUGCCCUGUGCUUAUGGGCAAUAAGUGGGUUUCUAACAAGUGGAUCCAUGAAAGGGGUCAGGAGUUCAGAAGACGCUGUCUCCUUAAGGCAGACUGAUGAUCGCUUUCAUCGUCCCACCCUCCUCUUCCGCCUCACUUGUGUCCGUUCAGGAACCAUGGGUGAAAUCCACAGCCCCACCCAUUUACAUUUGCCUUGAACAAACAGUUUGUUUUUUUAUUUAAAUGUGUGUGUGUCUGCCAACAGAUUACAUUGAUGCCAUCGGUGCCUUUUAUUGUUGCUCAAAAUAGCUGCAGAAAAGAAAGCUGUCCUCCAUGACACUCCAUCUAUCCUGGUCUUAAUAUAGCUGAGGUGCUAUGGGGAGAAUCCCCAGCGCUGAUCAGUGGCCACAGAGCUCAAAAAUAACAAAUAAGCCAUUUUAAAUCUAAACUUGCAUUUUCUCUUUUAAAUGUAGUGAGUAAAAACUCACUAUACUCACAAUUGUGUCCAGUAUCAUUAACUGAGCCAUGACGUACUUUGCAAUACCUUGCUUACUCUAUUGUAUGUGUAUGUGCGUGCUGAGGUAAAUCUCUCUCUCUCGCUCUGAAAAACACUUCCAUGAUAUUGACACCAGGUUAGACUUGAGGUCGUUCACACCGCAACAAACAAAUUAAUAUCAGAAACCAAAGGUUGCAUGUUUAAGAUCUCUCUUUCCUCAAAUGAAAAUCUCCACUGGAUAUACAAAUCUUUGUUGGAAACAGUGUAUGAAAAAAGUUUUAUUGUGCUAUUUACCUCAAAGGGUGUGUAAGCAUUUCUUUAUUUUAUAUUGGUCUUUCUUGGUUAUAAAAGCGAGACUGUAACACUCACUCACUGCACAUGACUCCAAUUAUAGAUCUUUUACUCCAGUUAUCUGACCAGGAAACAAAAGCCUCUAUUUAUUUUUUAUUUCAUGUAGUCAAAUCAUGUAACUUAAGAUUUGUGUUAUGUGUGAACUACAGAAAUAAAGAAUUCUCUGAUCUGUUUAUUACCUUUUAUUCUCGUAAAAAUUUACACCUAAUCUGUGACAAGGCAAAUGCACACUCGUAUAUGGGUAAUUAAAUAAAAAUAAGUAAUAAAAUUGUGAUCAUUUUAAUUUAUGCUUCUACCACUGGUUUGUCCAGCUGUUUUUCUAAAGAAAGAUGAUAAAAGUUUGUAGGAUUGACUUGGAUUUUUAAUAGAAAUAAAGCUGGUCCAAUGUCAACAAAGCUAAAAUGAAUUAUAUAUUUUAUUAAAUUCUAUUUAAGGAAUC